AUGGCGGACCGAAGUUCAACUCGUGAAAUCACUCAUUAUUUAAAUGUAGAAAAUGCAAAAAUAAUUGCAUUUUUAAUGGUUGCAGGAUUUGUUAUGUAUCACAGCAUCAUUCAUCUAAAAUAUGGAAAUGAUUCCUGUAAAUGGUUAAUGAGUGAUGGAAGAUUUCCAGGAUACCAUACCUGGCAACCAUAUGGCUGCAUGACUCAUAAAUAUACUAAAUCCGAUGCAAGAAUGUGUAUGCACUAUUUAUCCUACUGGGGUGGGAGAAAUCACAUAGUAUUCCUGGGAGAUUCUAGAAUUCGUCAACUCUAUUUCGAUUUUGUUAAUCUAAUCAACCGUUGGAGUAUUAAGUUAAAUAAUGGAAGUAAAGAAGCUCUAAACAAUUUUGAAGUUAACCUAACUACCAUUCAACCUUUGAUUAAAAAACUCAAAGAUUCUACUAAGGUUCUUUGGCUUUUACAAGACCCUGUUGAUGAGUUAAAAUUAAAUGUGAAUAGAUCAGCCAUAACUAAUGAACAAAUAGAUGAUUAUAAUAAAGUAUCUAUUGAUAUUUUAGAAAAUAGUCCAGCUAUGGUGUGGAGCUCAUCCAGAUUAGUAGCUCAGGGUAUGAAGAAAGAGUCUCCAGAUGGUCUUCAUAUAUCACAAUCAGCUUUAGAAUUAGAUAGCCAGAUAUUAAUCAAUAUGUACUGUAAUAAUGAUAUGAAUCAUAAUGAUGGAACAUGUUGUAAUACACCAGAAACCACCACACCAUUACAGAUUGUUACCUUCUCAGUUUUACUUGUUUGUAUUGUGUCUGCUAUAGCAUUGUUUCUGGUAUUGUCAAGAUUGAUGGUGUGUUUCUUGCUACAUUCCUCUAUGAUAUAUACAGAAAAUGCUUCUGAAAUUUUUACAUCAUUAGCUAAAUUAGCAAUUAUUAUGUUUUACUUUUACCUCUGUGAUAGAACAAAUUUUUUCAUGAAAGAAAAUAAGUAUUAUACUCAUGUUAAUUUCUUCCUACCAUUUGCCUAUGUUAUGAUAUUAGGCUUCUUCUUUACUGAAAAUACUGAACAAACUGCUUUGUUACAUAGAGAUCAAACUGAUGAAUGGAAAGGCUGGAUGCAGCUAGUUAUAUUAAUUUAUCAUUUAACAGGAGCUAGCAAGGUCCUACCUAUCUAUAUGCAUAUCCGUGUUUUAGUCUCCUCAUAUUUAUUUUUAACUGGUUUUGGUCAUUUUACUUACUUUUGGACCAAAGGGGAAUACAGUUUAUUUAGGUUUUGUCAGGUUUUAUUCAGGUUAAAUUUGUUGGUUAUUUGUUUAUGUUUUGUGAUGAAUCGUCCCUACCAGUUUUAUUAUUUUGUACCCUUAGUAUCUUAUUGGUUUCUUAUUAUGUAUAUUACUAUGGCAAUUUGGCCACAUCUUACCAAAACAUCAGCUGAAACAAAUACUUUACAUUAUAUUUAUAUGAUAGUCAAGUUUAUAAUAUUGGCCACUUGUAUCUGUUUAUUUUAUUUAUCAGAGGUAUUUUUUGAAAAAGUAUUUUUAACACGUCCAUUUAAAGGAUUAUUUGUAACGUCAGAUGAUUCUAUACAUGAAUGGAGAUUCAGAUGGCAACUUGAUAGAUUUAGUGUAUUAUAUGGUAUGAUAUUUGCCUUUGCUCAUCAGUUAUUAUUAAAAUAUAAAAUAGUCAGUGAUACAAGUACAGGAGAUUUAUUUUCUAAACCGAUAUCAACUAUUGUCAUGGCGAUUGGUGUAGCUGGUAUCGCGGGUUAUACCAUAUUCUCCUGUUUCUGUAGAAAUAAACUAGAAUGUAAUGAAUUCCAUUCCUAUCUUACCUUUUUACCUAUUAUUUCAUAUAUUGUACUGCGUAAUGUACCUGGCUGGUUACGAACUCGAUACAGUUCAUUCUUUGCCUGGUUUGGUAGAAUAUCUCUUGAACUAUUUAUUGUACAAUACCAUAUAUGGUUAGCAGCAGACACACAUGGUGUUCUGGUCUUAAUACCCAGUUAUCCAGUCUUAAAUGUUAUCAUAACUUCUUUUAUAUUUAUAUGUGUCAGUCAUGAGAUGUCUAAAAUAACUAAUGUACUUGUGAAAUAUGCUGUGCCUUCAGAUUGGAAAUCUUUAUUACGAAACCUUAUACUAUUCAUUGCAAUAUUGUUACCAAUUGGUAUCACGAAUGGUAUGUUUUCCUAG